AUGGAUGGCGCCGAUCCACUUCCGCCCGUUGGCUCACCGAGUGUUGAACCGGAAACUGCACCUCCACUGAAUCCAUUCGAGCCACUGAUAUUGCGUAUAACCGGUGAUGUGGGUCCUCCGGCCAAGCCACCUACGCCACCCACGGAUAUUUUACGCUGCGGCAAGUUAAUAUCGAGCACUGUGCUGGCGCUUCGCUGUCGUACCGCUGACACGCCUCCCGCACCUGCCACGCCCACCGAAGCUGCACCCGCCACACCGCCGACACCGCCAACCACGCCUCCAACGACGAACUGCUGCUGCUGUUGGCCACUUCUGGCCGGUGAACCCGUUGCCACCACUGCCGCUGCCACCGCACCCGCUCCCGAUCCAGAUAUUAAUCCAGAUCCUGAUCCGACACCUGAUCCCACUCCCGAACCGGCAGCUCCUGGUCCGCCCGGCGGCGUUAUUCCCACAGCGCUGCCACUGCGACCGCGUUGCACCUCCUCGACACUAUCCAAACUGCUCCUUGUGUAA